AUGGAUGAGUGUCUCCCCGUGUCCUCGUGUCCCCGUGUCCCCGUAUUCUCGUGUCCCCGUGUCCCCGUGCUCCUGUGUCCCUAUGUCUCUGUGUUCCCGUGUUCCUGCGUCCUCGUGUCCUCGUGUCCCUGUGUCUCUUUGUCCUCGUGUUCAUGUGUCUCUGUGUUCUCGUGUCCCCGUGUCCCUGUGUCCUCGUGUCCUCGUGUCCCUGUCUCUUUGUCCUCGUGUUCCUGUGUCUCUGUGUUCUCGUGUCCUCGUGUCCCUGUGUCUCUGUGUUCUCGUGUCCCCAUGUCCCUGUGUCCCCGUGUCCCUGUGUCCUCGUGUCCUCGUGUCCCUGUGUCCUCGUGUCCUCGUGUUCUCGUGACCCUGUAUCUCUGUGUUAUCGUGUCCCCAUGUCCCCCCACAGCACACUCAAGCGGAAAGUCCCUGUGUCCCUCCGCCUCCGUCACCAGGACACCUCCAGCGGGGCGCAUCGCGGGGAAUUCCGGCUCAUGUGGCUGGGGCUUAAUAUGGGUAAAUCAGGUCCGAGAGUGUUAA